GUUUUUUUUUUUACUUUUUCACCCUUGAUACUUUUCGUUCCUUCUCAUACUACCCAUGACUCUUGCCUACGGGCUUUAUGAACCCCACCUGUGUUAUUUGAGCCGAUUAUACCUGGCAAACAUGAUAGCCAUCACUUCUCUUUUCUUUUUCUCCUGUCUUCCGCGAUUGAAUGGCAUGUUGUUGUCUCUCCUCGGCCGCUAGCCUUAACUCCCUUGGGGAUAUCCGUCUCUUUGCUUGAAAUUAUCUAUUCCAAGCCGCUUUCAUUGAUGUCCCGUGUCUCGGCCUUGUGGCUAUUACAAGAAUACCCAAAGUCCCAUUAAGCAUCAUAUGAGAACGUGGUCAUUGGGCACCAACAAACAACCAUCAACAUAGGGCUCGUUCCAAUGCUUCUGGUGUGAUUGCCGGGAUCCUCUGCAGUAUCAAAGGGUUUGAGGCAGCGAAUACUGACCCAAUAUCAUCUUACGGCACGGAUUCUAUUGGACAUCCGCUUGUUUUCAAGAUGUACUAUGUUCUCUACCUUGCGAGUCUCUGCCGACGUCGUCGCUGGCCAGAGCCGCUCUACGAAUCCCACGCAAGCACUACCGGGUACACCUGCAUCGUCCGCGUCAACAACCGCGAGUACCAGACGGAUGUUGUUUGCGAUUCCGAGACGCUUGCCCAGGAGAAUGCAGCCAUGCGUGCCUACCUUAUUUGCCGUAACUUUUCCGUGAAUGACGGCAAGUGCCCGGUAGGCCACGACAAUGGCGGAGUCGUCCAGGGGAUACCGGUGGCUAUUGGCACCGGAAGAAGGGUCCGCUAUGGAGACGAAAUCGAUAUGUCGACGAGUGAGGGGAGCAGAAGCGGCGGUAGUAGCCCUGAAAGCUAUGAGGGAGGACGAAUGGGCCUUGACCGACGAUCAAUUGGGCCAUCUCGGGCCCUUGCCUUCAGCAGUCGCAAUUUGUAGCUUAAAUCGACCACCUCCUUGUCAAAACUUCUAGCCAAUCACGAACAAGAAGAGACAGG